UCUCAUAUGCAAGUCUGUGCAAUUCAAGUAAACCUUUAUCAAGUUUAGAAAACAUAACACAAAGAAGAAAAGGUGAAAAUAAGGAGUGGUUGCUAUAACAUGGUUUAGAGUUUGCUGGGUUUCUAAUUUUGUACCAUUUUAGGAAGCGUGUUCUUUUUGUUUUUGAUAGAGGAAAACAAACAAAGGCUAAAUACGUACAGCCUCUCUUAACAGAACUAAAACCUCACAAACCAUGACACAAGACUGUGGAAGCCGAAAGAGAAAGUGAAUAGUUCCAGCUAGCAAUAGCAAUUUUCUUGAGUGACACCGCAUCAGGAAGUUUUGCUUCUCACCAAUUGUGUUUCUUGAUAUGAUUGAAUCGACAAAAAGAAAAGGAUCUGGUUAAUGAAAGCACCCAUUAGAAAUAGAAUAAUGAGGACCCACUUAGACUCCUUCCAGCAGAAGGCCGGUCUUCACUACUUGUGAAGCAAGUCUGGAAACCCUAUUGGACAUCUCUAUCCUCCUCCAAUCACAAACUCUGAAACAAAUCUUUACACACAAAUGGAAAAAAGUUUAGAGAUUCCGCACUUUCUUCAUCUAAACUUGUCAAGAGGGUUAGUCGCAACAGACAAAGAUGCCACGUAAUCGGGUCGGGUCUUACGACAUGUCGGGUUUACUUCAACUUCGAAGGCCAUAAAUACACCUUCACUCUUCUCCUCUGCUUCUCAGAGCUCACCAUUGAGAGAGAGAGAGAGAGAGGGUAUAUAUAGCACGACAACAAUAUGAGCAGAGACAAAACGACGCCGCUUUCAGUGCCGGUAGGCUACAGGUUCCAUCCCACCGAAGAGGAGCUUGUGAACCACUAUUUGAAGAAGAAGAUUUCAUGGUGGAAAUGAUGCCGAAAUCAACCAAAUCAUCCCAGUAAUAGACCUCUGCAAAUACGAGCCGGCUGAGCUUCCUGGUAACUAAAGACUCAACCUUUCUCAAUUCUAAUCACUACUGCCCAUUUCUGAAUAUGAUACAUUAUGAACAGGGUUGGUUCUGAUUUUCCUGUUUUUGUGUGUUGGUUUUUUGGGCAGCUUUGUUGGGGACUGAGACAGAGGCUCAUGACAUGGAGUGGUUCUUCUUCACCAGAAAGGCUUAUAAGUACAACAAAAGCUCUCGCUCGAAUAGGAGCACGAAGAAGGGAUACUGGAAGAUCUGCAUGCACAUCGACUACACAUGCUUGCUGUCAAGAGCCUCAAAAGCUGAUGAAGAAUAUUAUCAUGCUCCUUCACAUGCCCAAACUUUUGGUCGAAAAACAAAAGCAAAAGCAACUGCAUCUGCUUUCAUAUUUUUCGAUUUUCUUCUUCAUGGAGAACGAGUUAUGGAAAUAAUACUGUCCAAGUCUCAGUGGUCUUCACUUUCAUGUGGUCUUCUUCUUCACUCUCAUGCGUGGGUAUCUUCUCUUCAUGUUGAUCAUUCUGUCAAAGCAUGGAGGAUUAAUUAAGCACCAUGUGGUGGCAUUGCAUGCUUUUCAUACAUAAACUCAAAGACCAAGCAUGAUUGUUUAAUUGCAAGUAUGGAUAUCUUGCUGUCAAAGACCGGUGGUCUUCUUCACCUUCAUGGGAACCUUGCUGUCAUAAAGACUUCAUCUGAAGAAUAUUGCAGGUUGUGCGUAGUGGUCUUCUUCCUCACUGUCAUGUGUUCUUUUUAAUCAUACACAUCCUCACGGUCGAAAAAGAACAAGAAGAAAAUAGCAGCUACGUUUUCCAUCUUCACAAUUUUGCUGUUAAAGAAAAAGAAAAGGAGGAAGCAGCUGUAUUGAUUUCGAUCUCGCCUUGCUGUCCAAUGAUGAACACGGAAGUGGGAAGCAAUUGGUUCCCAUCUUGUCUUGCUGCCCACUCGUUGCAAUCAUGAAGACCUUGCUGUCCAAGAUGGAAGUGGGGAGAAAGUGCAUCUGGACCUCGUGGUCUUACUCCAACCGAGCUGAAGAAACUUGGUUAUUGUUCCUCCUAUAUAUAUAGGAGUUCUGUGGUUCUUCUAUGUAUUGAAAUGGUGUUGAGUUUCAAUCCUUUGAUUGUAAAAGAGUCAGACUCUUUGUUGCUCUGUUUUGUUCCAUGUUGAAAACAGUUUGUGAGUCUGUCCAGUAAGGAUUGCAGCAGUCAUUGCAAUCCCACAGUUAAAUGUGUAGUCUGUCUGGUAAGGAUUGCAGAAGUCAGUGCAAUCCCAGAUUGUAAGUUAGUUAGUUCAGGAAGGAUUGCCACGGUCAGUGCAAUCCCUGAGUUGUAACUUUGUAAUCUGUUUUGAUUAGUGAAUCAUUGGGUUCUCAAGAGUUAGAGCCCCGCAGUGUUUUUGAUCUCAAUUGAGGUUUUCACUGCGUGACCAAUGUUGUUGUGUUAUGCAUAUUCUCUGUUCUUGAUUAUGUAGAGAUUAUAAUCUGUCAUUCUUUCUGGAGCUUGUACAUCCUUGUAUUUACAAUUGGCAUCAGAGCGGGUUCUAAAGAGUUUUAGUUGAUCCGUGAUCAAGGAUGGAACAUCAACGUGACAGAGCCUCCAGCUCCAUUAACUGUCCACCAUUAUUUGAUGGAGAAGAUUACUCACAAUGGAAGAUUAUGAUGAGGGCAUUUCUCUACUCUCAAGAUGAAAAUAUGUGGAAUAUAGUAGAAAUUGGUUGGGAACAUCCAACCAUGGCAGAAGACUCCAAGAAAGAAGAAGUGAGUUCUGCAAGAAUUCCUAAGCCUAGAAAGGAAUGGACAAAGGAGGAGGUUCGUGACAGAAAUUGUGAUUUCAAGGCACGAAAUUCAUUAUUCACAGCUCUAUCCAAGAAGGAGAGAAUGAGAAUCAGCCACCGUGACACUGCCAAACAAGCAUGGGAUCUUCUCCAAGUCACCUAUGAAGGUAAUAAAAAGGUUAGAGGGCAGAAACUUCAACGACUAGUUUUGGAAUUUGAGAAUAUGUCAAUGACUGAAGAUGAAUCAAUCGACGACUUUCAUGCUCGGCUUCUCAAUGUGACAAGUCAAUGUCGGAGCUUGGAUGAUCCAUUUGAGGAGCACCGAAUUGUCAAGAAGCUUCUUAGGUCUCUUCCUUCAAAAUUCCAGGCCAAACAGAUUGCCAUUGAGGAGGCUCAGGAUCUAGAUACCUACACUCUUGACGAACUGGUGGGAAAUCUCAAAACUUUUGAGAUGAGACUCAAACCGGAUAAAAAGGUAAAAGAUGUUGCUUUUUCUUCCAUUAAUGAUAAAAAUGAUAUUCUUGAUGAUUCUAUGGAUUUAACUGUAAUACCCUGGAAAAUCCAAAUUAAAUUCCGUGGAUUUUUAGAAAUGAUUUCACGAUAGUAGGAGCGAGUACGAAGCUUGGAGAAGUUGUGGAAUUAGUUCGAACGGUUUUAUUUUCGAAAACGAACGUUUUUAGGGGGUCAACAAAGUUGACUUUUUAUACGUUCAAAAUUUGGGAAAACUUCCUUCAUGAAAGUUGUAGAGCUCGUCGAUACGAGUUCGUGGACAUGUAGAACGCAAUAUUCGGAGUUCGUAUGAUUAAGUUAUGAAUAUUUGAAAAUUGGGAAUUUUCUAUAAAUAGGAAAAAUAUCUGAUUUUUCAUUUAAGGACGAAACAUUUUCAUUUUUGCUGAACAGUCCCCCAGCUCUCUCCGUUCUCUCUCUUCUUUCGACCGUCAGACCCAACGGGUCUUAGCCGACCCGACCCGGAUUUUCCUUCCUCCUCCGGCGUCCUCCGGCCACGACCCGGACACCAUGGUGAUCGCCGCUCCAAGCCCGGCCUCCCUCCGGUGUCGCCUUGCCCCGCCGCUGCCCCCAGAUGGAGAUCGAAGAAGCCAGCCAAGAGGAAUCCGACCCGACCGGAAUUCCAUUUUUCCGGCGUUGCAUGGGCCGAUCGUUCCCAUUUUCGUGAUCUCCUCCUCCCCCUGAUCAUCCCCAUAUAGGCCUUGCUUGACGAUUUGGAGUGUGGAGUGAAAGAUCACGAGUUGAAGAUUUCGACGUCCCUGAUUCAAUCUGGAAUCUGAUCAGACGCACGAGAUUAAU